AUGUGGAUCCAUGUACGCACCAUGGAUGGCAGGGAGACCCACUCGGUGGACUCGCUGUCCCGCCUCACCAAGGUGGAGGACCUGAGGGUGAAGAUCCAGAAGCUGUUCCGAGUGGAGCCCAGUAUGCAGAGGCUCUUUUACCGGGGCAAGCAGAUGGAAGAUGGCCACACGCUCUUUGACUACGACGUGCGCCUGAAUGACACCAUCCAGCUGCUGGUCCGCCAGAGCCUGGGGCUGCCACUGGGUGCACGGCCACUGUCACCCGCGCCCAGCCUGUCCACAUCCUCCAGCAGCAGUCAGGAGCGAGACUCGGAGCUGUCUGACACCGACUCUGGCUGCUGCCUGGUCCAGAGCGAGGCGGAGAAGUCCAACGACAGCGAGGUGGCCUCGGAAACCAACGUCCGUGUGGCCGAGGGAGGCGAGAGCGAGGACAAUGACAUGGGCGAGGAGACUCCAGACCUUGGUCUCUACCAGAUCAAUGAAUACGUGGAUGCCCGGGACAGGAGCAUGGGUGCAUGGUUCGAGGCGCAGGUGGUGAAGGUGACCAGGAGGAAGGUCUCCAGGGACAGCUCUGACGCCAGCCAGGACCCGGAGUAUGAAUUCACUUACCAUGUAACCUAUGACGAGGAUAACAAUUCCAUCGACAACUGUCAGAUUGUCUUCAUGGACGAGGUCUUCAAGAUCGAGCGGGGUGGGGAAAGCGACCGAGUGAUGGAAAACCCCGUGCGGCGGAAGAGCGGGCCCUCAUGCAAACACUGCAAGGACGAUGAGAGCAAGCCGUGCCGCGUGUGUGCCUGCCACGUCUGUGGGGGCAAGCAGGACCCGGACAAGCAGCUCAUGUGCGACGAGUGCGACAUGGCCUUCCACCUGUACUGCCUGAAGCCGCCGCUCAGCAGCCUGCCGGACGAGGAGGAGUGGUACUGCCCCGAGUGUCGCAAUGAUGCCAGCGAGGUGGUGCUGGCCGGUGAGAAGCUCAAGGAGAGUAAGAAGAAGUCCAAGAUGGCAUCGGCCACCUCGUCCUCACAGCGAGACUGGGGCAAGGGCAUGGCGUGUGUGGGCCGAACUAAGGAGUGCACCAUUGUCCCGUCUAAUCACUAUGGCCCCAUCCCAGGCAUCCCUGUGGGCACCAUGUGGCGCUUCCGAGUCCAGGUCAGCGAGUCGGGCGUCCACCGGCCACACGUGGCCGGCAUCCAUGGCCGCAGCAACGAUGGAGCCUACUCCUUGGUGCUGGCCGGGGGUUACGAGGAUGACGUGGACCAUGGGAAUUCCUUCACGUACACGGGGAGUGGCGGACGGGAUCUUUCCGGCAACAAACGGACCGCUGAGCAGUCUUGUGACCAGAAACUCACGCACACCAACAGGGCACUUGCUCUGAACUGUAGUGCACCCAUCAAUGACCGAGAAGGGGCCGAAGCCAAGGACUGGCGCUCGGGGAAGCCCGUCCGCGUGGUGCGUAAUGUUAAGGGCGGCAAACGCAGCAAGUACGCGCCGGCCGAGGGUAACCGCUACGAUGGCAUCUACAAGGUUGUGCGCUAUUGGCCUGAGAAGGGCAAGUCCGGCUUCCUGGUGUGGCGGUACCUGCUGCGGAGGGAUGACAGCGAGCCUGGGCCCUGGACCAAGGAGGGGAAGAAUCGCUCCAAGAGGCUGGGGCUGACCAUGCAGUAUCCAGAGGGCUAUCUGGAAGCCCUGGCAAGGAAAGAGAACAGCAAGAUGGAGGUGGACGAUGAGGAGGAGCCAGGCACCUCAUCCCCCGGCAAGGGCAAGCGGAAGCGCAAGUCAGCAGCCGGCGAGGGCACCUCCCAGGCGCAGGGCGAGGACUCCAAGAAGACCAAGGUGGAGCCCUACGAGCUCACGGCCGAACAGGACGGCCUCGUUAAGCAGGACAAGAGCAACGCCAAGCUGUGGGCCGAGAUACUCACGUCGCUGAAGGACGGGCGGCAGUUCCUGAGCGCGGUGGAGGAGACAUUCCAGUGCAUCUGCUGCCAGGAGGUGGUGUUCCGGCCCAUCACCACCGCGUGCCAGCACAAUGUGUGCAAGGGCUGCCUGGACAGGUCCUUCCGGGCGCAGGUGUUCAGCUGCCCGGCCUGCCGUUACGACCUGGGCCGCAACUAUGCCAUGCAGGUCAACCAGCCCCUGCAGACCAUGCUCAGUCAGCUGUUCCCCGGCUACGGCAGCGGCCGGUGA